CCUGCGCUGCAUUUAUAUCCAUACUGCACAUCAUAUAGGUGACAAAUCCACGCGGUUUACCCCUAGGAGCUGUGAUAACUCAAAUCGUGAUCAAAACUGUCGCUUCUCUAGUUGUAUUAUUUAGCUAGUAACCUUUGUCUAGGAGCCUAUACAUAAGCAAGCUUGUCAGCGCAAGCGGGAGCAGCAGCGGCCUUUGGAGGAGCGCGCAGCAGCAGCCCGGCGAGGCGGAAGUAGCGUGCACUGGUCGCCAUGGGGCUCAAAGACGACUACGACUCAACGGGAAAGACAAAAGGGCAAGCAGAGAAGGCACGAUGGACCGUGCUGGCUUCUUUCUUUGCUCUGGGUCUGUGCCUAGGCGUCGUCGUCGCGGAGCGAGUCUAUGUGCAGAAGCGGGCGCUCAUACCCAAGCCCCGCCAGCUAGUCAGCACCGUUAGCAACGCUCUCCACAGCGUCGGGCACCACGCGCCGGCGGCCCCGCGCAACGAGCUGGAGGCCUACCUUAUGCAAAUUGCUCCCAACAAGGAGCUCCUUCUUGCGGUGGCCAAUAAAAACACCAUGUGGGACGGCAUGCUUGAUACCUUCACUCAGGGUAUUAAGCGCGCUAAGGUGGCGAACCACAUGAUCCUUGCGCUGGACCAGCAGACAGCGGAUUGGUGCAAGCAGAACGAUAUCAACGCCUUCUUCAUGAACCUCACCAUCGCCGCAACCCAGCAGGGCACGGGCGAUAACCACGCCGUGUCCGCGAUGAAGUUUGGCAUAUUGAAGAACUUUGUGGAGCUGGGCUGGUCGGUGCUGCUGUCCGACGUGGACAUUGCCAUCUUCCAAAACCCCUUCGAGAACCUCUACCGCGACUCGGAUGUGGAGGGCAUGACAGACGGGUUUGAUGAGCGCACGGCGUACGGCUCCAUCGAGGGCUUCGACGACCCCUCCAUGGGCUGGGGCCGCUACGCGCAGUACUACAAGCACUUCAACAUGAACUCCGGCCUCUUCUACCUGAGGGCCAACAACCGCACCUUGGAUCUGCUCACCCGCCUGGCCUACCGCCUCAGCCAUGAGAAGUACUGGGACCAGACCGCCUACAACGAGGAGAUUUUCUUCCUGUCGCACGGCUCGUACAAGAGCCCGCAGGUCAGCGUGCGCGUGAUGGAGAUCGACAAGUUCAUGAACUCGAAGCGCCUGUUUAAGGACAUCCGGCACCGCCCCAAGGGCCAGCAGCCGCCGCUGCCGGUCAUGGUGCACGUCAACUACCACCCCGACAAGCAUGAGCGCAUGAAGGCGGUCAUCAAGUGGUACAUUGGCGGGGAUGAGCACGCGCUGGACGCGUUCCCGGGUGGCAGCGAGAAGGGCACACGGUAAUGCGCAUAGGCGCUCUAGCAAAACUAGGAGGAGGUGGCGGCGCUGGCGGAAUGAGGUAGCGCCGUCGGAGCGUGGCGCCAUGCAGGUUGUAGGUACUGGUACUCGGACAGGCGCUGGAGAGGGUAGAAGGGCCGGAAGCAGCUUGCGGGGGUUUGGAAAGUUGGUCCUGAUCAUGGCAUCGCUGUGACCUCAACUUUGCGAGCUGAAAUGCGGAUAGGAGUCGACGAGAUAGGGGAUAGCUACUGCACGUGCUGGCGUGGCCAAAUCAAUGCAUUUUGGUGUCCGUGCACCAGUGAAAGAAGCAUUACCUGCAGAUCAGACCCAACGUACAUGGUGACAGAGAUGGUGAGCGGGCAUGUACUCGUGAUAUGAUAUCUGCUAAAGACUUGACUGCAGCUGCAUAUGUGUUUGGUAGGUGCUGAGUGCUAGGAGUGCGGCCUGACGGGGUGGAGGGCAUCGAAUGGGCUACGGCAUCAAUUGUGCCUUGUAGCGCAUGCCUGCUGUGUCCCGAUGGGGCUAAGGCGUGGUGCCUGUACCCAAGCCCGUAUCCGCAGACGCAAAUGUGGCUGGCGUUACGCGUUCGUGCCGGAACGUUGACUCUGGCUGCAGACUCCGACACGAGCUGGCGAGGACGACAAUCCUUACCCGAUGGUUGCUGCUUCUAUGUUACAGGAUGAAU